AUGGCCCAGUUUUACCAGCAGCAGCACCAACCAUACGGUGUCCCUCCACAGCAGCAGCCCUCGGCGCAAAACCUCCAGUUCUAUCCUUCUUCAUAUUCCUCAGUCUCAGGACAUACAACACCCGCACAGGUCUCCUACGGCGGCUAUGGGGGCAGCUCGUCAUCAUCUACCUAUCCCCCAUUAGGCAGCGGAGGAGCGUCCUUUGGCGGAUCAGCUGGGUUUGGUGGAGGUGCUGAUGCAGUCAGCGGUCGAAUGGGAGAGCAGGGAGGGCUACGGAUGGGAUGGCUGGCUGCUUUUGGGACGGAAGGCUAUGAGGAUGAACCCCCGUUGCUUGAAGAGCUAGGGACACUCUCGGUGCUAAAUCCGUUCGCGCGAAUCGACCAGCAUCUGAUGGAUGAUAACGAUUUAUAUGGCGCCCUUCUUUAUAUCCUGUUGUACGGAACGUUCCUCCUGUUGUCCGGCAAGGUAUUUUACGGCUACAUUUAUGGCGUGGCCGUCUUCGGAUCAGUAAUUAUCCAUCUCAUCCUCAGCUUGAUGUCACCUACCCUUGACCCGUCAACCAACGGAGUAUCCCACGACCCCACGGGCAUGAACAUGAACAUGAAUCCUUCAGAUGCCGGUCACGGACAUGGGGCCCAAGGGGGACAUUUUUCAUCGACUCUUACUUUUCCUCGAUCCGCCAGCGUGCUGGGAUACUGUUUUCUACCUCUUGUCCUAACUAGUCUUGUUGGAAUCUUGAUACCCAUGGACACUGUAUUCGGCUACUUGCUUACCACUGCCGCUGUCGGGUGGUGCACAUACAGCAGUUCAGGCAUGUUUUGUGCCGUAGCUCGAAUGCGCGGUAUGAGAUUCCUGGUCGCAUACCCUCUAGCAUUGUUCUAUGUCGUUUUCGGGAUCAUGGGUAUCUUCUCAUCUAGAGGCGGCGGCACUCUAGUCGCUAAAGCCACGGGAGGUUAA